AUUCUUUUAUGCAUUCCUGUGUAGAUAAGAUAGUCAUACCUUGGCUUCUCUAUCACGCACAUAAUUUUCGCACUUCUCAAGUGAAAAACGAUUUAUUUUAUCGAUUAUUUAGUGACAUAAGUAUUCUAGGAACCUAGAUAAGAUUCCCUCUUCUAUUAAAAAAAUUGAAAUCUAUAAGUCAUUAGACAAGUCAUGUCACUUACAUCCCAGAGAUGGAAAGGUCAAAAACUUAAAAGCGUACCAAUAGUCCUCCUGGUCCUCUUAAGCCUUUCGGCUCUGGUCUCUAGUGGACCUUCCUUCAACUACUGUUCAUUGAAGUGCCGCGGUGAUAUCCACACAGUGUGUGCCAGAAGACACAGAUGCGGACCUGUCAGCGGAUGCAAUCCCAUCGAACCUACAGUAGAAUUCAGGGAAUUCAUGGUGAAGGAGCACAACGAGCUGAGGAACAAGAUAGCCAGUGGCAGUGAUGGCAGUCAAUACAGUAACAAGGGUGCUAAGAACAUGAACGCAGUUUCUUAUGACCUGGAGUUGGAAUAUAUAGCUCAAUGUUGGGCCAACGUUUGCCAUACUCUGGAGCACGAUAAGUGCAGAAAUAGCAAGAGAUUUCCCUGUGGCCAAAACAUCUACUGGGGCUCCAACAGCAACGAAACCAAGGAUGCAGUCAGAGCAUGGUACGGAGAGAUCCAGUACAUGACGAACCCAGCCUGGAUCGACAAACUGGCAAGACCAGGAGAACCCAACGCCUACCCCAACGAUAAGAAAAUGCGUGGCCAUUUCACCCAGGUGGUUUGGGCCAAAACCAAAUACAUAGGCUGUGCCAGGGUUCGAUACGGUAAAAACAACAUAGAGAGUCAGCUGAUCUGCAAUUAUGGACCUGCUGGUAACUUUGUUGGAGAAAGUAUCUAUAAAAUGGCUGGGGAUCAUUCCCAGAUUGCGUCGGAGUGCAAAGAUGGUAAGAACUCUGAGUAUGGUUCUCUUUGUGGUCGUAUAGAACCAGUACCAACGGAGAAAGGGUGGGCUAGAGCUGAGAAAUCAGCCAGUAAUUCGCUCAUAGUGAAUUGUUUUGUGCUUGGUGUUUGGUUGUUGUUCACUAGAAUGUGAUCUGUUGUAUCUAUAAGAAUAAAGACAUAAUUUGCGUGAGUCA